ACGGUUCACUCCGGAUCACGCCUCAGGACUCGCCGGAGCUGAGUGGAUUUCUUAAAAUCCCCCCCCUCCACGGAGAAAUGUACGUCUAGGAGCGCAGAUCGUGCCGAGAGGGAGCCGCACGGAGGAUGCGCGCUGCGCUGCAGCCCUUCACAGAACACAGAGAUGGGCUCCGCUUCUGCGGGUGCCGCUGCCCGCGCGCGCUGCAGACGCUGCGUCCGUGUCCGGAUGCUCGUACCUGUCCUCGCCGCACUGAUUCACCUCUGCGCCGCUUUUAACCUGGACCCGGAGACGCGCGUGGUCUUCUCCGGAUCGCGGGGGAGUUACUUCGGCUAUUCAGUGGAGUUCUUCUCCAACACUUCAUCUAUCAGCGUUUUGAUCGGCGCUCCGAAAGCCAACACAAGUCAGCCCAACAUCACAGAAGGAGGAGCUGUAUUCCUGUGUUCCUGGAGCCAGUCUAACUGUAGCAUUAUCAACUUUGACAAACAAGGUGACCGGUAUUUUUAUAUUAAUGACAUUAUCACUCAAGUUGAAUUCAAGUCCCAUCAGUGGUUUGGAGCUACCGUGCGUUCCCAUGGCAACAGCACCCUGGCUUGCGCGCCGAGGUAUUACUGGAGGACUGAGUGUGACACACCCUUUGCUGAUGUUACUGGAACCUGCUUCCUCUCGGUGGACGGUCUCAACACAUUUGUGGAGUUUGCCCCCUGUCGAACAGAAAGACAUGGACCUGCUGGACAGGGCUAUUGUCAGGGGGGAUUUAGCGCUGACUUUACUAAGGAUGGCAGAGUUGUUCUUGGAGGACCAGGUAGCUUUUAUUGGCAAGGUCAGCUGAUUUCAGCCACAACUGAAGAGAUCGUAAAGGCCUACUAUCCUUCCUACUUCUUGCUGUCGGUUGCUGGGCAGAUUCAGACUCGACAGGCAGAGGGAAGCUAUGACGACAGCUACCUUGGUUAUUCUGUUGCCAGCGGCGAGUUUAGUGGGGAUUUCGAGGAAGACUUCAUCACAGGAGUUCCAAAAGGACUCAUGCUUUACGGUUUAGUGUCCAUUUUAAACGGGACGGAUCUGAAACCGCUGCUUAACUUGACAGGGGAGCAGAUGGGGUCCUACUUUGGCUACACAGUGGCAGCAACUGACAUCAACAGUGACGGGCUGGAUGACCUGGUGGUGGGGGCUCCACUGUUCAUGAGCCGAGGUUCUGAUGGCCAUCUGGAGGAGCUUGGUAAGGUCUAUGUGUUUCUGCAGCGAGGCCCUCUGCUGCUGGAGCCAAGCCAAUCCCACCUGCUUGGUCCCCAGGCCUUUGGUCGGUUUGGCAGCUCUCUAGCUCCUCUGGGAGAUCUGAACCAGGAUGGAUUCAAUGACUUAGCUAUCGGUUGUCCCUAUGGAGGAGAAGACGGGCAGGGUUUGGUUUUCAUCUAUAAUGGUCACGAUGGAGGACUGCUGGACUCUCCUGCUCAGAUUCUCACUGGCCAAUGGGCUUAUAGCUCUUUCCCGGCUAAUUUUGGCUUUGCUCUGCGUGGCAACACAGACAUAGAUCAAAAUGGAUAUCCAGAUUUGCUUGUGGGAGCUUUUGGAGUGGAUAAAGCCGUGCUCUACAGGGCUCGACCUAUCGUGAUCGCCAGCGCAUCUCUCACGGUGCAGCCAACCAUGUUUAACCAGGAGGAGAAGAUGUGUUCACUGACCGCGGGAGAUGAGAACACUUCUGUUUCCUGUGUGAGCAUCAGUUUCUGCCUGGAAGCGGAUGGAAAGCAUCUCCCCGCUCAUCUAGGCUUUGUGGUGGAGGUGCAGCUUGACAGCGCCAAGCAGAACCAGAAGGAGUCCAUCAGAAGAACUUUGUUCUUGGAGAGCCAACAGGCCAGUCUUGUGAAAAGUUUUAAUCUCGCCAAAGGUGACAGCUUGUGUCAGGAGAGCAAGGUCUACCUGCGGGCCGAAGAAGACUUUCGGGACAAACUUUCCCCUAUUUACAUCAGCCUGAACUUCAGUCUGGAUCCUCAGGCGCCGCUGGACCAAUAUGGCCUCAGUCCCAUCCUGGAUUACAAGACAGAGCAGCGUAUAGAACAAAAGGCCCAGAUUCAGCUCGACUGCGGAGAAGACAACAUAUGUGUCCCUGAUCUGAAGCUGGAUGUUGAAUGUGAUAAAUCUGAGGUUUACCUGGGGGAUGAAAACACCCUGAGCCUCACCUUCAACGCCAGCAACAAGGGUGAAGGAGGGGCUUACGAGGCCGAGCUCUAUGUUGUUCUUCCUCCAGAAGCUGACUACAGCGGGAUAGCCCGCGAUGAUGUGAGUUUGACCCAGCUGGCGUGCAGCUAUAAGACAGAAAACCAAACUCGCUAUCUGGUGUGUGAUCUGGGAAACCCCAUGAAGUCUGGAAGCAGUCUGUGGGCUGGCCUUCGUUUCACUGUGCCGAGACCAAAAGACUCUGAAGACACUGUUAAGUUUGAGCUUCAAGUACGCAGUAAAAAUGUUAAUAACUCUGAGAGUGAAGUGGUCCUGUUGGAGCUGAAGGUCGCUGCCAAGGCUGAUCUCAUUCUUCAGGGUGUUUCUCGGCCGGACAAAGUUAUCUUUUCUCCCUCUGACUGGAGCGCUCAUCCCGUUCUGAUUGAGGAGGGAGACGUCGGCCCUGAACUUCUGCAGGUUUAUGAGCUGGUGAAUAAUGGUCCCAGUGUGGUGAGUCAGUGCAAGUUAGAGGUGAAAUGUCUCCUCAGAGCAUCCGGCCACAGGUUGCUCUAUCCUGCAGAGAUCAUCACUGAGGGGCCACUCAGUUGUUCCUCCAAAACUACCUUCAACCCACUGAAACUCAAGCUCCAGCCUGCAGCUCCAAAUGGGCUCACAUCUGUGAAGUCUGAGCACGACAUCCAGAGGAGGGAGGUGCGAAAAGGUCCUUCAGCUGCUCGAGGAAACUUGACAUGUGGGGUGAUGGAGUGCUGGGAGCUGAACUGUAGCGUCGGCGUCUUGCAGAGGGGGCGCAGUGUCAUCCUGACCGUCCGUUCCAGAAUCUGGUCUCAGAACUUCGUGGAGCGAGGUCACAGCCAGCUGAAACUAGAGUGCUCCGCCCACUACAACGUGACCAAAAUGCCGUACUCCAUUUCUCCAAAAUUUAAACCGUCUGGAUCCAAAAAGGUGGUGGCGACGGUGAUGUGGAGCAAACCUGACAGUCUGUUUUUGGUUCCGGUGUGGAUAAUCAUCCUGGCUAUUCUGGUCGGUCUGCUGUUGCUGGCUCUGCUCAUAUAUUUACUGUACAAGAUGGGCUUCUUCAAAAGAUCUGACCCAUAUGCCACAACGAUGGAAAAAGCCAAACUCAAACCCCAGGCAUCUUCUGAAGCAUAGAUCCUGCACCUACUCUUGGAACUGGAAGAUUCACUGCAUUCGCAAACCACUUGCUGGAUUAGACAUCCCAUUUGAGCAAGGGCAGUGAGGGGUGCUGUAUCACUGGAAUGCACUAUACCUGGUGCUGCACUAAACUGUUUAAGCAGACAAGAUGGACGCGUCAUGCAGCUGAAUCUGCACUGCUGUGUGGACUCCAAUGCACCUCCAACAAAAGGCACUAAAACUUGUGUCUUUCCAAACACUUGUGGUUUUGUUCAUGUUUGCGACCCUAGCAGCUAAUAUCUCUUGAAACUCCUUCUGUUGUUUGGCCUGCAGUUGACACCACUUGUUAUUUAUGGCACAGUGUUGAUUACUGAAUGUUGUACUGUACUAUCUGCAGGAAAUACCUGAAGCCAUUGCAAACUUCUUGACUUGAAUCAUUUCUCUCCCAUAUUGGGAGGUACUGUGUGUUUGAUGCAAUGUAUUCACUGUGUUAUGACCCAUUGAUGUUGUGGCUCAGAAUAAACCCAGAUUUGGUAUACUCA